AUGAACGUGUCUGUGAUUCUCGGCGUGUUCGUUUGUGUGGCUGGACUGGUCAUGAACUCGCUGAGCACGUCUGUGUUCCUGAGACAAGACUGGCGUAAGAACACAGUGACUGUCACUCUCUUGUCUCUCACAGUCUCAGACAUCUGCGUGUUGGCCUGGAGCCUGCUCUACUACAGCAGCGACCCCCUGAUAGCAACAGCGAGCUCCCACGGAGUCGAUCUUGGGCCCAUCCAGGUGUACUUUUUCACCUGGCCUCGGUCCAUGUUCUACGACAUCUCCAGCUGCACCACCGUCCUGGUCUCCCUAGAGCGAUGUCUCUGCGUGGUGCUGCCUCUCAAGGUCAACUCUUUACUCACCCCAAGACGUGUAAAGAUGCUUUUGUUCCUCGUCUGGAGUUUGGGUGUGGCCACGUAUAUCCCUGUUUUCGCCUCACAGUUCUUGGUCUGGAAACAAGAUCCCUUUGCGAACACAACCGUUUUGACUGUUGCGCUCACGAGUUACAGGCUGAAAGUGGAAACAGCUCAUAACAUUUUCAACACUCUGUUUCUGCAAACUGCUUGCCAGAUCACUGUUGUCGUUAACACUGCCAUCUUGACCUCUGGCCUCAAUCGUUCUACGAAAUUCCAGAAUGAUUCCAGCAACAUGUCUACUGCACGAGAGUUUACAGUAUCGUCUACAGCGGUACUAACAACUGUCUUGCUGGCCCGACCAGCCACGCCUGAAGAUAGUUAUGAGAACACAAUAUGGGGUGCGAAACAAUAG